AUGAAAGGCACUUUGAUAGAUCAUCUUCUGUCUGUAGACCUUCACCUUACUCAUCCCUCUCAAAUGUCAACUGACGACCCAAAGGCAAUGGCAGGCGGGGUCGCAUCACUCCGAAAACUGGCAUUUUUCGGAAUCGCAAUUUCAACUGUUGCCACAUUGACUGCCAUUAUAGCUGUCCCAAUGCUCUACAACUACAUGCAGCACGUGCAGUCUUAUCUUCAGAGCGAAGUUGAGUUUUGUCGACAUCGCACUGAUGGACUUUGGAAUGAGUAUGGUCAGUUUGAGCGUCUCAAAGGCGUAGACGAACGUACGAAAAGGUCAGUUCAGAACGGAAGUAAAGACGUAACGAAGAAAAGGAAGAGCCAACGUCGUGCAGUCGUUCAUAGAGCUUUAAACGACCACGGUAGACAUGUAGCACAACGCCAAGCUCCAGUCGACGCCCCUGUUAGUGCAGUCGGAUUAACUGAGUGUUGCUCUUGUGGAAUUGGAGAAUCAGGUCCACCAGGGCUUCCUGGACCCGACGGCGAACCAGGACGAGACGGAAAGCCAGGUACUGACGGAACUCCUGGAAAAAGCGCUCCUCCAGCUCCAACUCUAUCUCCCGCUGAUUUUUGCUUUGACUGUCCACCAGCUCCACCUGGUGAACCCGGACAGCCCGGACCGCUUGGGCCACCUGGACCUCCUGGCGAACCCGGACCGGACGGCGUGCCAUCUAUCCGCGGAACUCCUGGGCCACCUGGAGAGCCUGGACCCAUGGGGGAAAGCGGGUUACCGGGAAAACCUGGUCAACCUGGAGCACCAGGGCGGACACUAGAAGCGGUUGGAGUGCCGGGGCCUCGUGGACCGCCUGGUCCAGAAGGACCUCCUGGUGAAUAUGGAAAACCAGGAGCUCCUGGAAUCUCAAUUCCAGGACCCCCUGGACCUCCAGGAGAUCCUGGCUUUGCUGGAAAACCUGGAAGCCCUGGCGACCCUGGACUGCCUGGACCUCCAGGAGACCUUCUUCUUACUCAUCCCGCUCAGAUGUCAUCUGACGACCCAAAGGAGGUGGCCCACGAGGUGGCUUCGCUCCGAAAAUUGGCAUUCUUCGGGAUCGCUAUAUCAACUGUCGCCACACUGACGGCCAUUGUAGCUGUCCCAAUGCUCUACAACUACAUGCAGCACGUGCAGUCUUACCUUCAGAGCGAAGUUGAGUUUUGCCGACAUCGCACUAAUGGUCUCUGGGAUGAGUAUGGCCGGUUUGAGCAUCUGAGUGACAUGGAUGGGCGUACGAAAAGGUCAGUUCAGCACAGAAGCAGCGGCGUUGCGGCAGGGAGGAAGAACCACCGUCGCUCAGCGGUUCGUAGAGCAUCAAAUCAAAAGGGUAAAUAUAAAGAAGAAGGCGCAUCUGCAUUCGAUGCUGCCGUCAGUGGGAUUGAACCAAUGGAGUGUUGCUCUUGCGGAAUUGGAUUCGCAGGACCUCCAGGUCUUCCUGGACCCGACGGCGAGCCAGGACAAGACGGAGAGCCAGGAACUGACGGAGUUCCUGGAAAAGACGCUGAUCCAGCUGCUGUCCCUUCUCCCACUGACUUUUGUUUUGACUGUCCACCCGCACCGACUGGUGAACCAGGGCGGCCCGGACCACCUGGACCACCUGGGAUCCCCGGAGAACCUGGACCGGUAGGCGCCCCAUCUCAUCCCGGUCCUCCUGGACCACCUGGAGAGAUAGGGCCCAUGGGAAAGGAUGGGCCACCCGGACUUCCUGGAAAACCUGGUGCUCCAGGUCAGACCAUAGAAGCAGGGGGAAUCCCUGGGCCAUCCGGACCCCCUGGUCCAGGAGGACCGCCUGGAGAACCAGGAACACCAGGAGCUCCUGCGAUCUUAGUACCGGGACCCCCUGGGCCUCCAGGAGAGCCCGGUCACGCUGGACAUCCUGGAAACCCUGGCGAUCCUGGACCACCUGGACCUCCAGGAGGUCCUGGUGGUCCAGGAAGCUGCGACCAUUGCCCUCCACCGCGCACUGCUCCCGGAUAUUAA